CUCUGGCAGCGGCUGCUCCGGAACGGUCCGACGACAAACCUCAUUUGCAUUUCUUCCUGUUUUCUGCGUGAACCUUCUUAACAAGCGACGACUCUCGAUUACUGCUUUUGCCGCCGCACCUACGGCCGAUUUUCCUCUGGAUCUGCGCCCUCGACGGCAGAUCGGCUUUGGGAGCAUCAUCCAUUCCUCUCCCCCGCAGCCUCCUCACCAGACGCAGUCAGAACGCUCGCAGGGCCGCGAUCGCGGCGGAGACGCCGGUCUCGUCAGUCUGGCUCCUCGGAGUCUUGAUUUCUUGUCUUUCUGUCCUCUUUCGCCGCCAGCGAAUGCUGCUUCUUGCUGCUUUGCCUGUCGCAUCGACUCGCCUGCGUUGAAAUACCCUCCGCAAUGACGACGUCACCAUCCUCCGCCUUGACGGGCGUCAUCAUCGGCCUCGUGUCGUCCUUUGGCUCCAUCGUCCUCAUCUUCCUCGUCAUCUUCAUCUUCUGGGCGUCCGGCUGCGCUGGCUCCGGCCGCAUCAUCCUCGACCGCAUUGGCCGACCGGGCGAAUAUGACGACGAGCAGGCGUUUGCGAGGGAGGAGGCCGAGGCCCUGGAGAACAUGGACGACAUGGCCAGGACAGAGUAUCUGAGGGCCAAAGCAUUCAUCACCGCCAACCCUCCCGAGUCUGCGCAAACCGACAUUUCCCUCUCGCAGUUCCUUGCCAUCCAGGAAAAGGGCGUGUCGGCCUGGGAGUUUGAGCCCGAGCUGGAAAUUGCAAACUGCUUCGUCCAGGCCCGAACCGAGAUUGAAUUCUUCGAUUCCGAGUGCACCGUCAUGAGCAACCUGCCCGUGCCCAAGCAAAACGACGUCUACUACUGGGAGGCCAAGAUCUACGAAAAGGCCGAGAACACGCUGGUGGCGAUUGGCAUGGCCACCAAGCCGUACCCUCUGUUUAGACUUCCUGGUUACCACAAGUACUCCGUUGCAUACCACUCAAAUGGCUCGCGACACUACAACCAGCCCUUUAGUCGAACCCCGUACGGUCCUCAGAUUGUUCCCGGCGACGUGAUCGGCGUUGGUUACAGGCCGCGGACUGGCGUCAUCUUCUUUACGCGAAACGGCAAGAAGCUCGAGGAAGUUGUCCACGGCUUAAAGUCUCAAAACUUCUUUCCCGCCAUUGGAGCCAACGGGCCAGCGUCUGUUCACGUCAAUUUUGGUCAGUCUGGCUUCGUCUUCAUCGAGGCAAAUGUCAAGAAAUGGGGGCUGGCCCCUGUCACGGGCAGCCUGGCUCCCCCGCCCCCGUACGGCUCUGAGCAGGGCAGCAUUCUCCUCGAAACCGGCACCAAGGACGGCUUCACCUCUUCGCACGGUCGGGCCCAUCGACACUCCGUGAGCGGCACGCCCUACAGUGUUAGGAUGGGCGAAAACGAUCUCAGCGUUCAGCAUGGACGAUCACGCAGCGGAAAUUUCAGGGUUCUCCCUCCCACGAGCCCCGGUCCUGUCAGGAGUCCAACCGACAUCUCGCUUGCCCAGCUCGUGCCAUCCGACGAAGGUGGUGAGGCUAGCAGCAGCACGCAGCUUGCGCAGGAACAGCAUCUCAACGGCAACCCUCUCGAGCUCCAUCUCGAAGACGCAACCAACCCGCCUCCUGACUACUCAAGUCCAACCCUCCCGGACGACCGCAAUCGUCGGUACAGCUCAGACAGCGAGGACGAAAACGCCCCUCUGAUUCAAGUCAUGACGCGCAGCAGGGGUGAGUCUUCGUCGACAAUACGGCCUGCAGGACAUGGCCAGUCCGCUACUCCCCAGGAUCCCGUGCCCAGCUACAGCGACGCGAUACAGCAGGGCGCGAGCCCCAUUCGACGAGAUAGAAGUAACAGCUCGGGAUCUGAAGAUUCAGUCCAGAGCUCAAAUAGCGGGUCCUCUGCGUCCAGCUGAAGAUGAGCAGGCCUUUUAU